CAAGGCCAAACCAAACAAAGCACAAACAGGAAACCCAUCCCCAAAGACAAAACCCUCGCACCCAAAAUCCCUCUCAAUCCCUCAAAAAACCCUAACCCUAAUUUAUCUAGUAAAAUCAUCGGAUUCAAAUCGGUGGUCUGGUUGAUUCGUUCGAAAUUGAGAGAUAGAUUGAAGGAUGUCUGCGGCGGUGUGCGGAAGCAAGAGGUCUUUCUUCGAAGAUCAAUCGCCGCCCCUCGCACAGAGGCUUCCUCCGUCGCCGGUCCUCACAAAGAGGCAGCGCCGUUCGUCUUCUACCUCUCCCAUUCGCUUCGCUGCUCCGUAUCUUCUCGAGCAGCUUCGCUCUCUUUUCCCUCACAUGGACCCUCAGGUUCUUGAGAGAGCAUUGGAAGAAUGUGGCAACGAUAUGGAUGCUGCCAUCAAGAGGCUGCAUGAACUUUGCCUAGGAUCUGCGGAGGAAACUUCUGCAUCUGCUGAACAAACAGCUGAUGCCGUAGCUAAUGGUCUAUUGUCUAAUGAUGAAGCUGCAGCCACUACUGAGAAUCCAUUGGUUCAAAACAACCUUCCUGCAGAUGGUGCAGAAUGGGUUGAGUUGUUUGUAAGGGAAAUGAUGAGUGCCAGUAGUGUGGAUGAUGCUAGAGCCCGUGCUGCUAAAGUUUUAGAGGUUUUAGAAAAAUCCAUCAGUGAACGUGCUGGUGCUGAGGCAGCCCAAAGUUUUCAGAAGGAAAAUAUGAUGCUGAAACAACAAAUUGAAGGAUUGGUAAGGGAGAAUACCAUUCUGAAGCGUGCUGUAGCUAUCCAGCAUGAACGUCAGAAAGAAUUUGAAGAGAGGAACCAGGAAUUACAGCAUCUGAAGCAGCUAGUUUCUCAGUAUCAGGAGCAGUGUAGAACACUAGAGAUUAACAACUAUGCUUUGACAAUCCGUCUGAAGCAGGCGGAGCAAAGCAACUCCAUCCCUGGACGUUUCCACCCUGACAUCUUUUAAUUUGAAGAAAUAAAAAUAAAAUGUAGCAUAUUGAUGAUAUAGAGUCAGCAAUACAUGCUGCGUCUUGAGCCGUUUGAAAGUUGUCCGUCCAAGUUUGAAAGUUUGUCUGUCCAAGUACGUGUAGCGUUUGUAGAUUGCUGCUGCUCUAUGUCUUUAAUGUUCCCAGUCUCAGGUCAGUGGAAAUUUGUCAAACUGAAAUCCCGCAACUGAAUACUUUGGUUUGUAUUGGUGAAUUUGUAUUUUGCUUCUAUCAAGUUUGUAAUGGAAUUUAACAUAAAAGUGAGAACAUGAUUACCGUUGGUGGA